GAUUGUGGGGUAGCGAACCCCGGGGCCGGAAGCAGUGGGCGUACCCGUCAGCUGUAGCUGUAACACGCAUGCGCUAAGCCGGGCCAACGGAUCCUGUCUUCACCUCCCCGCUCGGCGUCCAGUCUCUUAGCAACGACUCCGGCUUCCUAGGAACUGCUCCUUUCUCAACCAUUCCUGCCCACUGCGCCCCAGCUUGCUGCCAGCAAAGCCCCUCCACACCCCUCAAACUCCAGACCCUUCACAUCAAUUUACUGUUGUCUUCGACCUCACCCCAGCAAUUUUCUCUGAAUCAACCCCUUUUCCUCCUCUCCCAAGUCUCUGAGUUUCUCUCUCCUCCUGCCAUCCUGGUUUCUGCCAUCCUUAGGGGCCGCCCAGGCUGCUAGGCUCCUUUUCGUUCCUCUCCCCGCUCAGACCAGCAGUCUUUUAUUUUAGAUCAUGUCUGCAGCGAAGUCAGCCCAGGGUCCAGAGGAAGGGGGCGUCUGCAUCACUGAAGCCCUUAUCACUAAGCGGAAUUUGACUUUCCCUGAGGAUGAGGAACUGUCAGAAAAGAUGUUUCACACUCUUGAUGAACUGCAGACUGUCCGCCUGGACCGGGAGGGGAUUACUACUAUCAGGAACUUAGAGGGCCUCAAGAAUCUUCACAGCCUCUAUCUGCAAGGGAAUAAGAUCCAGCAAAUUGAGAACCUGGCUUGCGUCCCCUCCUUGCGCUUCCUGUCUCUAGCAGGAAACCAAAUCAGGCAGGUGGAAAACCUCCUCGACCUCCCAUGCCUCCAGUUUCUGGACCUUUCUGAGAACCUGAUAGAAACGUUGAAGCUGGAUGAGUUCCCCCAGAGCCUUCUCAUCCUCAACCUGUCUGGCAAUAGCUGCACCAACCAGGAUGGCUACCGUGAGCUGGUGAUAGAAGCCCUGCCACUUCUCUUGGACCUGGAUGGGCAGCCUGUGAUGGAGCGCUGGAUUUCGGACGAGGAGGAUGAAGCUUCAAGCGAGGAGGAGUUCCCAGAGCUGAGUGGCCCAUUCUGCUCCGAACGAGGCUUCCUCAAGGAGCUGGAGCAGGAGCUGAGCAGGCACAGGGAGCACCGGCAACAGGCGGCCCUGACACAGCACCUGCUGAGGAUGGAGAUGCAGCCCACCCUCGCCAACCUGCCCUUGCUGCCUGGGGUGCCCAUGGCUGGGGACAGCAGCCCUUCUGCCACUCCUGGGCAAGGGGAGGAGACAGUCCCUGAGGCCGUCUCCUCACCCCAGGCCUCCUCUCCCACCAAGAAACCAUGCAGUCUGAUUCCCAGGGGCCACCAAAACUCUCUAUGGGGAAGGAAGGGGGUCCGAGCAGCCACUGCCCCCAAGGCCUCUGUGGCUGAGGCCCCCAGCACAACCAAAACUAUGGCCAAGAGAAGCAAGAAAUGAUUCUCUGUCAACCUUUCUCUACGAGUGGAGUGGAGUGGGGCCUGCCCCACUUCUCAGACCAAUGACCUGUGUCAGGAGUUCAUCCCCAGUAAAGUGUCUCUAGGCCCUGAAUAUGCUUUUCGUGUUACUUGGGGGUAUCUCAGGGGAAGCAACCAGUGAAAGCUCCAGGAAACAAAAUACAGAGCACAGUGAGCCACCUGAUUCUAAA